AUUUCAAAACAGUUGGCAACGGCACAUCUCGAAAAUGGCGGCCUCGUCAACAAAACGUGAAAAAUCCAAACAAAAUCAACGAGAAAUAUUUGAAACCAUAAAAUUACAAACUAAAGAAGUUAUUCAAAGCCGAAAAAACAUCAACCACAUAAUUGAGAUUCAAUCAAAUCUAGAGAGUGAAGAAAUUGCAGUCAUCAAAGCCAGUAUUAAGGCUCUUGAUAAAAUAUUUUGUCAUUUUACUUCAAACGGCUCGCUGUCCGAGGUAGGCCCCCCAUUAGAAACAGAGGCAGACAAAACAGUUCGAGAAUGGAGCAGGGAACGCUACCAAGAAUUUCAGGAUCAUCUCUUCAAACUCAUCGAAGCAGAACAAAUCAGUCUUCAGGAACAAGCCCUAGUUUCUCUCAUGCACCUUUUGCAAGCAGAAGGUCAGCAUCCUCUUCAAAAGUUACCUGAAGGGAAGGAACAUAUGUUUCCACUUGACUUAUUAGAGAAACUAAUGGUUCACAUGCUGAACCUUGACAGAGAAGCUGCUCCAGUUAUUACACGUUUCCAAGAAUUCAUGGAAUAUGAGGAUGUUUUGUUCCAUCUUCUUCGUGUGUUAGGCAAAAUUCUAAAAGCACAAACUAAUGUUGAUGAAAAGUUUCUCAGAAACCUUAUUCAUAUCCUGGAACAUGUCACAUUGCAUAAUUCACCUGUAAAGGAAGAAGAGAAAACUAAACUUUUUUGUUCUAACAAAAAACACUUCAAAUGGAACUAUGGGCAAGCCAAAAAAUACUUCAGUACUAUUUGGCAACAAUUGCUGAGGCAUCCUCUGACUCCAAGUCUCUACAAAAGAGUGCUUGUGAUUUUGCCAGACAAGGUUCUUCCUCAUUUAGAGAAGCCUUUGUUACUCACAGACUUUCUUAUGGAAUCCUAUCGAAUUGGCGGAGCUGUAAGCAUCCUUGCUCUGCAUGGAGUUUUCCUGCUAAUGCAAAACUACAAUUUAGAAUACCCUGAUUUUUACACAAAGCUGUACGCCUUGUUAGAACCUGGUGUGCUUUUCGUCAAAUACCGCGCCCGCUUUUUUUACCUGUUGGAUCUGUUUAUGACCUCUACUCAUAUUCCUGAAUAUAUUGCCGCCGCCUUUGCAAAGCGCCUCUCUCGGUUGGCUCUCAUUGCUCCAGCGAACGUCGCAAUCUUGCUUCUACAUUUCGUAGGCAACUUGAUGAUAAGACAUCGUGGACUGUCACGGUUGAUGCAUCAUCCGGAGGAUCAAAAUGAUGUUACUGAUGACCCAUACGUGAUGAAUGAAAAUGAUCUAACUGCUUGCAAAGCAACAGAUAGUUCUUUGUGGGAAAUCAAAACAUUGCAAUCACAUGUCUUACCAGAGAUAGCCAAUACGGCCAAAUUCAUUGAAAGAGAUUUGCCAAAGCUUGAAUGGGAUGUAAAGCAAGAUCUGGAAACCACUUUGGAAGAUAUGCUUGAGAAAGAGUUGAAACGUAAAAAUCCGACUGACGACAUACCGAUCAACUUCGAAAAGCCAACCAAAUUCGCAUGUGUAAAGCAUGAAAAACUCUCUGUUUACUUUGAAUUGUGACUUUUCCUGUGCAUUUAAAAUAAAUCGUUUCAAC